AUGGGAGACUCCACCUCUGCUGAAGUCAACGGAUUCGUUGGCUGGUUGGCGUCUUUCGCGGCCUUCUUCGCGUACUGCUGCUGGGCCCUUGCCACCCCCGAGCAGCUCAACAGUGUUGGAAUCAGCUACUUCCCGGACCGAUACUGGGCACUUGCACUCCCGGUUUUGCUGCUAGUGGUCUUGGCCCUUGUCUUCUUCAGCUCUGUUUUCAUCAACAUGCUGUACUCCCCCCCCCCCAACGACCCUCGCCAGUUCACAGAUAACAAGGCGAAAGCGCCGUCUUCAGCGGCAAAGCAAGCGAUGCAGCUGAUGGCCACGGCCGCUGCUGCUGCCCUGACUACUGCAACUGCUCAGAAAACACCAGAACAAGUCAACUGCGUAGAGCACAUUCAGGAGCCGCUGCUCGCCGUGCUCCGACGAGAAAAGCAGCAACCAAGCAGGCAGACCAGCACGAUCGGAGAUUUCCCGCUAUCUCUCGUCUCGCGCGUCCUCUUUCCCCUGAAUCCGCAUCUGCAGGGGGGGACGCCCAAUCUUCAGGAGGCCUCGCUUCACGACGAGGCGGCGCGGGCAAGGCCCAAUCCUAGGGGCCCUGCCUAUUCCUCAUGGGCCCCUUGA